AUGCUGGUGUCUCCGCGCGGCGAAGUAGAAACCUUUGCGAGCGAUGCGCUGCAACCACGUAUGGACGAUUGGUUUACCAAGAGCGGCAUUGCCGCCGAAGCGCGACAGCGGACGCUGGACAAGGCGCUUGCGCAGUCCGAAGAUAUACAUGCUGCUGUAUCUGAGGAAGCAUACGAAGAUACCGAUGAGCUUCAGAGCGGCGCCAUGAUGCCUGCGACGACUACAAUGGGCGACGAUCCGUUUUUGGAUUCCUGGUCCGCGAUCGCCUCGUCCUCGUCCAAGUCGAUGCAGGGCGACGAACUGACGCAGCUGUUUAAGCGGUCGAGCAGCACAGAGCCGCACAACAUACUGAAGCCUGGGCCGGCGGGCGCACAAGUGAAGCCGAUACCGAUGCCGCUGCAAUCUACACCCCAGCGGAUUGUUGGGAUGCCGCGCGGAAGUGCCAGCUCUCCAUCCCAAUUCAUACUUACGCUGCAAGAUGAAGAUGCGCGCACAACAUUUAUGGAGCUGCGAUUUGAUCAGCUGCAGCAAAAUAUGUGUAAAAUGAUUGCCAAAGAAUGGAUCAAAGUGAUUGAGCCCAAAAAGCAAACGCGGUGCCCGUACAACAAAGGCGAGACGGGGAAGCCCGCGUGGUGGCCCGAGCAUGUUCGGCACAAGGAACCCGACCACUUGAUGAAGUCGGAGCGUCUCUCGCUUCUCCUCUCGCUUCUCCGCUCUAGAACCGCAACGGUGGCGAGACUUCAGCUGGCUACUGCCGAGGUAGUCGUGCAGAUCAAGUCGGGAAAAGUGAGCUUGUUAAUGGAUAUCUACCGCGUCGCGCGAGAAGAGGAAAAAUUGCGCGAUCAGAGUCUAGAUAUAAACACGCCCAUCACUGUGGGUGUAUCGAGCUUAGAGGGCUGGAAUGCGACUGCGAAUUGCCCUGCAGAACCGCAGGAGGAAGAGUCUUUGGGCUCGCCAUUGAGCCUCUAUGGGAACAAGCCGGGCGAGUCGAUUUUCAAGCUCAUGUCUACGCGCAAGAGGCGCAGGCAAUCGAUGCGCGCAGUUUCUGGGCCACCGGUCACUGCGAGCGCUGCCACGCCGGUGCUGGGCUUUGAGACGCACGGGUCUCCUAUGCGCGGUAUGCCUUAUUCGCCAGCGCCACAUGCAAUGCAAACAUCCAUGUCAUUCUCACCCAUGGUCCCUAUGGAUGCGCCGCGCGGCCCAUCGGCACCCGAAAAUACUAAUUUGGGCAUCUCGCCGAUGCACCCCACGCCGCUACAUCGACCUAAUAUGCUUACGAGCAACCCAGCCGGCUCCAUGCCGCUUUUCCUUCCGCCGCAAACACCAGGGGCCUCAUAUUCUCAGCCGCCGUCGGUAGGCCGUCACGACAUGCUCGGCUAUUCUCACCAGCCAGAGAUGCCACACUCUGUUCCCCAUGGCGCAAUGAUGCAUGGCGCGCAAUUAAUGAAGCCUGCACGACCCGCGCCAGCGCAGAUGCCCAACUCACCUACGCAAUGGGAGGGCCGAUCAAUGUAUGUGCCGCCGGAUACGUACCCAAUGGAGCACGCCAUGGGCUCUGGACAAGUGCACACAAACGAGAAUCGCAAUGUAUUAGCGUACCAUCAUGCCAUGCCCAUGCACAACUGGCCGUAUGGUAUGCAGUACCAGCAGCCUUGGUUCACGCCUGAAUCACCGAUGCACCGUCCUCCUUUAAUGAACGUGGGCGUUGCCUCCGACGUGCGUUUCUCGCCCUCUUUUGAUGCGUCAUUCUCCAGCAGCGCAGGUCCAUUGACGCCGGGCAAUAUAUCAAUGAACGUGGCGCCAGAACAAGCACAAAUACCCCCAUCUGGUGCGAUGAUGUUCCAUCCUCCUGCGAAACCAGCGAAUGUGAAUACUGAAAUCCCUUCUUUUGGCCAAGGCAGCAGCACAGCGCAGCCGCCUUUUAAUGCAAAAUCGGUCCAUGGAGAAGUGCGAGCAAAUCCUGCGCAAAACUGGGCGCGUCCAUGA